GUAUCUUCACGGGCUGCACCAGGCAACUUAGUGAACACGUAUGACUGAUAAUUUGCAAAAGUGCACGGCGGAGUUGUUCUGUGUGCUUCCGUUACCUGAAUUAUGUGAAGUCAUCAAUAUUUUUUUAUUCUUUCCCACGAGAUUAGACGCAACUCCUGCUAUCUCUCUCUCCUCUCUCUCGCUUUCUUUCUCUCUCUCUCUUUGCAGUUCACCCCCAAAAACCCAACUGAGCUGUCAUCACGUCGCUGAGAGGUUUUUCUGUGGGGUUGCACACAUGGAUCUGACUGCAGAGUGAGCUGGUGACCUUGUUGACAUAGAGACACUCUCACUUCGGGACCAUCAGCAUGGCACUGGUCUGGCUCCAGUCUCACCUGCCCUGUGCUAACCCAACCGGUAUCACGAGUAUCAGCCAUCAGCACACUUCCAGCCAAGCUUGCUGAACAGGACUGCGUGGAGAGUCAUGCUGUCUGGGACCUGGCGGCGUUCUGUGGGGCACCAGCAGUCUGCUGCAGCGCCUGUGGUGGCCUCCAGGGGGGUGACAGUGUGCGGGGUCCCCAGUGGCACGGUGGUCCUCGAGGCCCAGUAUGACUACAACUACCGCGGUGCUGAUGGACGGCAGGUCUGCAUUAGUGAGGGUGAACGGUUUGUUCUCCUGAAAAAGACCAACACUGACUGGUGGCAGGUGCGGAGGAUUGGGGCAGCCAGUAAAACAAAGCCAUUGUAUGUCCCUGCCACAUAUGUGACAGAGGUGCCCAUUGCACCGAUGCCCUCGCCACAGCGCCUUGUCAUGUCUGCCUCGCUGAACUCCAACCUCAGGAUACUGCCAAGGGUGUCACUCUCUCCCAGCCCAUCAGCAACUACCUAUAAUGAUCAGCAUCAAGUGAACAAACCCAUCUACCGUUCCAUGGAAAACCUCAACUCCAACAGUGCCUUCCAGGGGCUGGACAACAACACCUGCAUAGGUGGAGGCCGCUUCCCCACCCUGCCCCUCUCUGGAUUCACCUUUACCCCCAACUCUCCCACCUCCCCAUCAGGCCACCUCAUGGUCCCUGGGUCCCCCGCAUAUUCCGCGGGACAAACAACACCACGGAACCCCAGGGCGGUCCCCAUGAUCACGCGGAGCCAAAGCUCCAGCAACCUGCCUGAAAAUUUGGUUGAGAACCUGUAUGACGAGGUGGGCGGUAGCUUCAGCAGUCGCGUCAACCACAGGAUGCCCAAGAAGUCUUGCAGCCAGUGGGACAUGGGGGGAGCUUCGGGCAAAAACAACCAUCUGAAGGUCCCAACAGAGUCCUAUAUGUCCCAGUUGUCUUGGCAGGACUCCCCUCUUUACACUGAAACGCAGACAGAGAAACGUCUGUCACAGCUGGAGCCACCUAGCCCUGCCCCAGGUCAGCAGCCUCUUCAGAUCCUGGACCUGUGGGAGCAUUACUUGGACUCGUCCACAGGAAGAAGCUAUUAUGUCAACAGCAUCACCAAGGAGAGGUCCUGGAAACCCCCUCGCCGGUCCCGUGGACACACCACCAACAAGGGCAGUCCUGUACAACCUCAGACAUUACCGAGAGAAACCAACCAUCUGUCAUUACCACUUCCUGAAGCUGGUAAUGGAACAACGCACGGGCUGUCACCUGAUUUUCUCUUGGGGGGCCACCAGAGGAAUACUGACGGUGGUUGGCAGAUGAAACAGAGCAUGCAGCGUGCCGCCUCCUCUGACACCCUGAGCAUGAUGGCGUUCAACAAUGCCGAAGCCCAGUUCCAUAACUCUGGCCCCCUGCAUGAUGUCAAGCAGCAGCUCAGCCACUCCCAAUCUAUGACCCUGCCUGAGAACGGCAAGCUGGUCCACCAGUGCAAAGAUUACACCUGUAAUGUGACCAACAUUGUUGUGGAGCCUCCGUCUCCCCAAAGCUCUCCUGACAAUGGCGAUGGCUGCACACCGGAGUUGGAGAAAGCCGGCCUCUUGAACAAGACAAAAAUUGCAGAAGGAGGCCGGAAACUGAGGAAAAAUUGGAGCCCUUCCUGGGUCGUGCUGGUCGGGAACAGUUUGGUUUUCUUCAAAGAUCCUAAAUCACAGACGCCUUCUAGCUGGAAACCAGGAAACAGUCGCCCUGAGAGCAGUGUGGAUUUAAGAGGAGCGCAGCUUCACUGGGCCAAUGAACUGUCCAGCAAGAAGAACGUAUUCAAGCUGAGGACGGUGACAGGAAACGAGUUCCUGCUGCAGUCGGAGACAGACUCUCUGAUCAAAGAGUGGUACACCACCAUCCAGAAUGUCAUCGACAGACUGGACCGCGAGAACCCGUUAGACAACGUCCUUCUGUAUUCUCUGAGGCGAGCUGGCAGCGUGGAGAUGCUGGACCACAGUGGAGACGAGGAUGAGAGGAGAACGUCGCUCCCUCGCUCGUCCUCCAACCUGGAGAACACCGAGAGGAAGAGAGUGAAGACCCGACUGAAGAAGCUGAUCCUAAAGAGACCUCCUUUGCAGGCGCUGCAGGAAAAAGGGCUCAUUAAAGAUCAGGUGUUUGGCUGUCGUCUGGAGAUGCUCUGUGAGCGAGAGAAGAGCACCGUCCCUCGCUUCGUCAGACUUUGUACUGAGGCUGUGGAGAAGAGAGGACUGGACACUGACGGCAUCUACAGAGUGUCAGGGAACCUGGCAGUCAUUCAGAAACUACGCUUCCUGGUGAACCACGAGCGAGCGGUGACCACUGACGGCCGUUACAUGUUCCCAGCGGAGUUGGUACAAGAGGAGAAGCUGAAUUUGGACGAGAGUGAUUGGGACGACAUUCAUGUCAUCACAGGAGCUUUGAAACUUUUCUUUCGCGAGCUUCCCGAGCCCCUGGUGCCCUUCGGCUUCUUCACUGACAUCGUGGAGACAGUCAAGAUGUCCGAUUACAUGGAUAAAGUGGAUCGUUUGAAGUGUCUGGUGCUCAACAUGCCUCCUCCGAACCAUGACACACUGCAGUUCAUGUGUCGCCAUCUCAAACGAGUGUUGGAGUAUUCGGACACCAACCGAAUGACCACCCAGAACAUAGGUAUUGUGUUCGGGCCGACCCUGAUGCGCCCGGAGCGGGACAAUGGCAACAUGGCGGUGAAUAUGGUUUACCAGAAUCAAGCGGUGGAGCUCAUCCUCAGCGAAUUUGACCACAUCUUUGGAACAAGAGGCCCCUCUUGAUCUUUUCGGACAGAAGGGGUUCAAAAAGCUCCUCCAGAUCAGAUGAAAGAACAAGUAGUGCAGCGUUUGUCCUCCUCGCCUGUUGACUCAUGUGGUGUAAAAUGGAUUUCACAUCAAAAGAUAAUUAUGGGGUAGAAAGAACCAGGACAGAAAGCUGCUAAUCAUGACAUCUGGCCUCCAUAUAAAGCCAUGUUAAAACAAUAAUAGUAAAACAAACCAAUUUUAGCUGCAAUACUUGUGUCUUUGACUGCAGAUGUGGAGCUCAGCCCCGGUGUUCUUUACGGCUGGAACAGACGCCUCCUUGUCACUUUUCCUUGAUGUUUCAGACUUUAUCAGGAUAAAUAAAAGCCAUAAAAGUGAUAAAUCUCCUCCAGCCGGUCCAGCUAGCUGAGUAUUAAUCAGUGAUUUAUCAAGGAAGGAUGUGUCUUAACGUAGCACUGAAGCAAAACUUAGCAGAACCAUCUCACUGUGAAAACAUGCACCAGCACCUCUUGCAGCCGGGAUGGACAGACCCCCACCUGCAGCGCAAAGCAUGAAUAUACUGUAAAAUAUGCAAACAAACAGGAAGCAAGCUGGGCGUGUAAGUGUGGCCACAUCUCUGCUGAAGUUAUACAGUGUUUAGAUUAAGAGUUUUUAGGUUUAUUUCAUACUUCAGAGGGAACUCUUUAUAGAUAAAAGCAUAAUUUCAGUGAUGAGAUGAAUGUGCCAAGAGGGAAGCAAAUGUUCCUUUGUACCAAAUAGUAGGUAGUAGUUUGUGGACCUUCAGAGCUUCCUUCAUUGUACAAAUUUGUCUUCUCUUUUUGAUUAGCGCAAACUCUUCAGAUUAAGUUAAAAAUAUUAAAUUGUAUAUAUGUGAAAUACUGUCUUUGUCAACUAGUAGCACUUUGUAUACAAUGUGUGACCUAAACAUUAAAUAUUAGCCAAAUUCAAACUGAUACAUUUGCUUUGAAAUUAACAGUGUGAUGUUAAAAUAUUGCCUGGACCUGGUUGUUAACUCUCUUGCAAUUUAAAAAAAUUAAAUAAAAAAAAUUAAAAAAAAGAACAAACUGAUUUGAUCUAGUUUGUGAUAUUUGGUCAGGAUGUGUCCAUCAGGUUUUACCGAGCAGUGGGUUGCGUGAGAGAUAGUAGAAGUGUGUGGAGGUAUGUGGGCCUAAGAGACACAACGGGCGGAGGGAUCCCCUGUGAUUGGUGCAAAUGCUGCUUUUAAUAACAGAACAAAAGAGGAACUGGAAAUGCAUAUGUUUAAAAAAUGUGGAUUUUCCCCAAAACCCUCUCACUCUCUCACUCUGUGGCUUUGGUAAUUUUAUAUUGACUGUGGGUUUGGCAAAAGACAAAAAAGAGCAGAAAAGAGGCACAGGGGUGUGUAUGUGAAUGGGGGUGGGGGAGCUCAUAGCUCAUAGAUUUUGCAAAGUUUUAUUAGACGUAUUUAUUCAUUUUAAUGUUCGUAUUAUUUCAAGUCCUGUGAGUGCAUGGAGAGGGACUAAAAUGAUUUCCAGCUGAUUGAUGGAGAGUCAGCUGAACUUUUGAUCAUUGUGUGCAUUUUCAAGGUCGUCCUUAUAUUUGAUUGACACAGAAAUAUUUUUCUAUUUAAAAUGACAACCGCAUUUGUUAAUUUGAUCCAAAUGAAUCUAUGCACAUAGUCAUCACAGUUUAUAUAUUUAUCCCUCAGUCAGUUUUGCAGUUUCUUUCUGGUCUUUUGACAGCUGUGUGUCCCAGAGCCUCCUCACAUUAGAUUGAAUGUUUCCAUGUAUUAAAUUAUGGAAAGAAAAUUAUAAAAUUAAAGUAUUUUUACUGUAUGUUUUGUUCUUUUUCCAAAUUCUGAAAUUGAAGGGACUUUUUUUGUCAAUAAAAACCCUGUGGCAUUAAA